UAUAGGUGUCAUGGUUGUACUUGAAUAUUCAACUUCACUAUUAUAAUAAAUUGUUUAAUGUUUAAUAUUAUACUAUAGUAUAUUCGUAUUUUGUACGGACUUAACGCUUGGUGAUCUCUAAGUGCUGCUCUGCUGCUUAGCUCCCAAUUUGACGUAGGACUCUUCGACCCCGAAAGUCUGAGCUCUUGUGAUUCAGUAUAACUUCGCGGUCUUGUAAAUUCGGAUGAACAAGAGCAACUGUGGUACGCUCGUCGUUUUCAUUUUGUUUCUUGCUAUCAAUAAUUAAAUAUUCAUACAUUUUAAUAUCUGACGACUUACAACACGUUCGCGUCUCUUGUUAGUUUGUUCGUCUUUCGUAGAUAAUAUGUUUCGUAAUUUCGUAUCGCCGAAUGGUAAAUAAACGACCUUACACGUCCUGUGGAUCACGUAUAUUUCGGCAUUUGAUUCGACCCUGUCACCGUGUAAUAUUCAAUUUAAACAAUCUCGUUUUUCCAAAACCUUAGUCUUACUCGUCAGGAAGGUGCCCUUGUGUUUUAAUUAGUUUCUAUAAAACAUAAUAUAUAAUGCCAUUUUGAUGCAUUACUGCUGUUGUUCAUUAUGUUAGAAGACAUCAAAAACGUAAUGAGUUCUAAGAGGUUGAACAGCGACUCAAAGGUAUCGCGUGCGUUUGUAUUGGAUACAAAAACUGGACUGCAAUAUGAUGUAAAGACUGACAGUGAAUUUCUCUUUGGACGCCUUCUGAAAUCCUCAUUAGUAAUUGAAGAACUAUACAUUUCUCGCUCUCACGCUACCAUUAGAUGUGAAAAUGAUCAAUAUCUCCUUAAGGACAAUAAUUCGUGCACUGGUACAUUCUUGAAUUACAAAAAAAUUAACAAAGAAGUUGCAUUACAAAAUGGAGAUCUUAUUGGCUUUACAGAUAAGACUAAGACCUGGGAUUUUGUAUACAAGUUCUGCCUAUUGCCAAAUCCUAAUAAAAAACCCAAACUAGAAGAAGAAAAUGUAGUUGCAUAUAAUGAAAAAUUGAAAAUUAAGAUUGAAGAACUUCAAAAGCAAGUACAAGAAUUAAAAGCUGAAAAAAUAAAUAUCCUCAAGGACACCAAAACUCAAAUGGAUGAAUUUAAAAAAAUGGUGGAUGAUUCUACAGAAUUAAAUAUCAAGAUGAAUAAAGAAAUGACUAAGUAUCAUGAAAACUAUCGAAAGUCAAAUAAUGAGGUGAAUGUUUUACGUAGAAGAUGUACGUUGCAGAAAGAAUUGUUGGAUACUAAAAUUGCAAAGGAAGAAGAAUCUGUGGAAACAUUUAAAACCCAAAUCAAUAAACUCUUGGAAAAUGAUUUUCAAUGUGCUAUUUGUAAUGAAGUGAUCUUACGGCCAAGCACAGCUAAUUGUAAUCACACUUUCUGUGAUAGCUGUCUCAAAACAUGGUUAGCUAGGAGCAACUAUUGUCCUACCUGCCGAAGUAAUGUGCAUUCUACAACUUACUGUCUUGCCUUGGAUAAUUACAUCACAAACAUAUGUGACCUUAUGGGUGGAACUAUAAAGGAACAACGUCUUACUCUACAAAAUGAAAGAAAUGGGCUUCAACCUCAAGUGGCUAAAAGAGGUAGAAGAAGAGGAGGAAAUCAAACAAAUCGUAGUAGAAGAGAACCACCACCACCUGCAUAUCCUAUAAUUGAUGACAUCCCAAUCAGAAAUAACUCUAGAUUCCCUGGGAUACCAACGGUUAUCGCUGUUGUGGAUCUUACAAAUAAUGCAUCUCGAUAAUUAUAAUUAUUUCAUAUAAAUAUUUUGUAUACACAGAAAUGUUUAUUUUAUUCUGUUCGCUCUUUUUCUACUUAAAAACACUAAAUUCAUAAGUCAAUGAAAUCUUAGUGCAUUACUUUAUAAUAAUAAGGCACCAAUGUUCGAACAUUUCUUUUUUUUUAAAUUAAGUCUAUAUUUAAUGUAUA